AGGUUGCCAGUUUCUUUUUUCCUUCUUAAUUUUGUUUCAUAUUUAAAUUGUUCACCCCCAAUUGUGCUGGUCAAGAUGUGUGACACUGACGUUUUAGUGGAAUGUACCAAACCCCAAUUGGAGGCUAUGUUGGCUGUGCUCAAGCCCCUCUUACCGCGCCGUACCCAGCAGCACAAUUUCAUUCGCAGUUAUCUUUAUCAUUAUGACAACAUAAACAACAAUCGGCAUGAUCUGAAAUCGGAUCGUUGGAAUGUUCGAUUCUAUACACAUCGUAGCGGAGAUCCGAAUAAUUGUACAUUGAUUACAAUCAAUAGUUAUCGGGUAAGUAUCGAAAAGCAUACAUGUGCACAUAGGUUUUCAGACAUAAAGGAUUACUUUCUAAUUUGUUUCACCCUGCAAGAAUCUCAAACGGAACUAAAAGAAUGUCUGGAGUCAACAAAUCGUAUCAAUUGGAAAAAUUAUAAUUUGUUGCUAAUGUGCGAUGAAAAUCUCUAUGAGAUGGUGAAAAAUGUUGCCUGCCAAAAGAUUCCACCCGGCGAGUGGAUGUUUCCCAGCCAUGAGCAUGCCAUGUUAAUAACCAAGGAUAAAAUUGCCAAACUUGAAAUAGAUGAAAAACUACCCGAUGAACUCUAUGUGGCCCCAUUGGACCCAGAAAAACACGCGGAAUUGAUAAAUACCCAUUGGUUUAUGAGACAUGCAAAUUCUUUGGAAUUGAUUCGUAGAUGUAUUGAAUUCAAUGGUGGCAUUGGUCUCUUUCGCCGUGGCAUGGAACAGCCCAUUUCGUGGAUAUCUACAAAUGAAUUUCUCAAUCCAGGAUUCCUUUAUACCAUGGAAGCCGAACGGGGUCAUGGUUAUGGACGAAUGAUGUUGAAACUGGAACUAAAACGUCUCUUGGCUAUUCAUAAUUUGGAUUUAAUCACAAUUGUUGCGGAUGAAAAUGAGGGAUCCAAGGCUUUACACCAUAAACUUGGUUUCGAGAGUGUUUGCAAGGUUCGUUGGAUAGCAAAAAAGGCAACAUAAUUAGGCGUUUCUUAAACAGAACAUUUUUUUAUUUAAUAGAAACAAUUAACUGUAUUUAUAUUUAUAAAAAAAUCAAAUUUUAU